UUAAUUAAAUCAUAUUUCUUUCUUCCAGUUAUAUUUUGCAGUUUGACAUUUUUUUUGACUGACAUCUAUAGCACAACUGAUAUCUAUAAAAGAGUACGAUCCUCAUCGACCACUUAGUACUCUCUAUUACAACUUACUGUAAAAGUGAAAACUAAUCUAACUAAAAUGGCUCGACUAAUCUGCAUAGUUGCGAUCAUUGGUUUUGCUCUGAUAUGUGCUUUUGCGGAGGAAGAUAAAUAUGACGAUAAGUAUGACAACAUUGAUAUAAUAGAAAUAUUGCUCAACGAUAAACGGCGAAGUGAAUAUUACAACUGCUUUAUGGAAACUGGACCAUGCGUGACAGAAGAAGAGAAAUAUUUCAAUUCACAUAUCAGCGAGGCUAUUCAAACUCAAUGCAGCAAAUGUACUGAAAAACAAAAAUUCAUGUUGGAAGUAGUAAUGAAUUGGUAUAAGAAGAAUCAGCCUGAAAAAUGGAAUCAACUUUUCGAGAAGACUGCAGAAGAUAUAAAAAAUGCUUUAAAAAAUAAUGGCUAAUAACACCAAUAAAAUACUAAAUAAAUGCUUACGAUACCGAUGUUAAAAAAUAAUUACUUGUUAAUUAUUUAUAUGCAAUAAAUACAAUUAUUAUUUACA